GACAUAAAAUAUGACAGAGUGCCGUUGGCUUCCUCGGCUAAGCAAGGCGCCACGGCAACACUGAGGGAGAGGGUGUUUCUGGGUAAUGUGCCUGAUUAAUGAAGGAUCACUCACACACACGAACCAACGCACACAGCUGAUUUUAUGAAAAAUGAAUUCCGCGUCGUCAUCCCGACAAGCAAAGCUGCAGCCGGAAAAAGACUAUUAGUCAGGAAUCAUUAUCAAUAGUGAUAUUUUCAAACUCCAUUAUGCCAAUCAGGAUCUGAAUUUAUUUAAUAGAUUUAGUUCCAUUUGUCCCGUAAUUGAUAAAUAAUCAAAAUGUAUCAAUGUACUCAAACCCAUUUUCACUAACAAUCAAGGAAAAGUGGUCCAUUUACCACAUGACUUGGUCCAAAUUAGGGACUAAAUUGAUGAUCAAUUAAUCGUAGAAAGGGCCAGUAGAGUGUGUGUCCUGCCAGAAGUGGCAGUUAAAUGGAGAGCGUGGUGAUCAGGCAGAGGAGGAAGGCAAGGCGCUGUACUGUAGUAGAUCCACAGAUAACCAACACACAGACGACAUUGUUACAUUAUACCCAUGCUGUACACAUCUGGGACCAAUGGGACAAAAUGGUCAGGACUAUUUUUGUUGUUUGUUUGACCAUUACUUUACCUGGUGGUAAGUUGAAUGAGAACUCCUCCUCAUUCCUAUUUGACAUCUUGGGGCCUGAGUUUGUACAGCUUUGGGUUUUAGGUGUUGUUUUUAACAUCAUCGAGCGAAUGUUGUUCACCCACACCAGACCGAUCAGGACACACAGGUUGAAAUAUCCAAACGAACUCUGAACCAACUAUAUUAAUUUGGGGACAGGUCGAAAAGCAUUAAACAUGUAUGGAAAUGUAUCUAGCUAGCUUGCUGUUGCUAGUUAAUUUGCCCUGGGAUAUAAACAUUGGGUUGUUAUUUUACCAGAAAUGCACAAGGUCCUCUACUCCGACAAUUAAUCCACAGAUAAAAUGAUAAACCGGGUUUGUUUGUAGUAAUCUCUCCUUCAGGUUUCUUCUUCUUCUUUGGACUUUAUAUGGCGGUUGGCAACCAACUUUGAGGUGCAUUACCACCACCAACUGGACUGGAGUGUGGACCUCAGUUCAUCUUUCAAUCACCCACGUGGGUAUAUGCCCCUAAAAUCCAAUGAGGAGAUGGGAGAAGCGGGACUUGUAGCGAGUCAAGCAUCACAAAUAGAACCAAGUUCUAUUUUAACGCCUGACUAAGCGGACGCUCGUUGACGAGCUCGAGCCUUGUGGUCAGAAUGUUAUUUAGCCUUUCUCCAUUGCCAAGCUAGUCCAUCCACCUGUCAGGGGUGGCAUAUCAAGAAGCUGAUUAAACAGCCUGAUCAUUACACAGGUACACCUUGUGCUGGUGACAAUAAAAGGCUACUAUAAAAUGUUGUUUUAGAGGAUUUGGCAGUACGUCCAACCGGCCUCACAAUCGCAGACCACGUGUUACCAUCAUCUGAGACCAACCACCCAGACAGCUGAUGAACCCGAGGAGUAUUUCUGUCUGUAAUAAAGCCCUUUUGUGUGUGUGGGGGGGGACUCAUUCUGAUUGGCUGGGCCUGGCUCCCCAGUGUGUUGAUUUGUUUUUGUACGUUUGUAACUACGCUGUGCUGUGUCUUGUCUGUUAUUGUCUUCCCAGGCUGGUGAAGGAGAAGGUCAUGUACGUCAAGGAGACCAGGCAGCAGGAGGAGAAGAUCGAACGACUGAAAGCAGAGGCCUGCGACGAAGAGGCCGACGAAGAGGCCAAGUAUGUCAUCAAGAAACAGUUGGAGGUGCUACAGGAGUCCAAGAUGAUGAUUCCAGACUGUCACAGGCGUCUGACCAUAGCACACGCAGACCUGUCCCAGAUACUAGAAACGGAAGAGGACUUGGCUGAAGCAGCGGAGUACAAAGAGGCCAGGACCGUAUUGGAUUCAGUGAAGCUUGAAGGAUGAUGCUCUCACUCUCUUAACGCCUCACUUAGAUGUCCAUUCCGUUCGUCUGGGCUUGUUUGGAAUCACAGUCAAACAGAAUCCUUCAGCACUUAUUUUUCUCGCUCUUUUUUUAUUUUUUUUUAACUUAAAAAACUUCUUUUUUUUUGUUGACUUAUUUCUACAGUUUGAGAACAACGUGUCGUCUGAUCUGGACAUCCUUCUCUGGAGUGCACACUCUCACACAAGCAGCAAAUGAACACUUCUCUUCUUGUUCUUACCACGGUGGAUUUGCUUGGCUUCCACCGUGCAGCUGCAAAUGAAGCCUGAUUGGGUUGUUUAUCUCGUAUUCAAGCUAUUGUACUUUAGCGUCUUGCAUCAAGCGAUUUAGAAGUGUUCCUCAAUUUGUUGAUUUGAGCAUAGAUUGUUCUUUAUGAUAACUGAUACAAUAUUUAGUAUGUAUGUAUUGUCUCAUAACAAGCAAGGUGUCACCAGUGAACAUAAUUAUAGAACCAAAGAAUUUAACAAGAGGAGAGCUAGCUAAACCGUUAUCACAUAACAUCCAUCCUAUUGUCUGUGUGGGGUUUGAUGGAGAGAGAAAUGUAGCACUGUUUUUGACAUGGUUAGUGCUAUCUGGGAGCCUUGGGCUGUCCCUACCAUAGCCCCUUAUUAUAAACCAUGUUCAAUUUCAUCUUCAAUGGUGUAAGGAUGGCCCAAGGAUCCCAGACAGCAAGGACCGUUUUGGCAUCACUCCGCUGGUAAAUAACAUCCAUGCGGCCUAGUGACAUCAUCAGCACUGUCAUCACCAACUGGACAUAGCCUGUCACAUCCACUGUAUAAGCAUGGGGUACACUUGGACACACUAUUUUCAGCCACUACGAUACAGCUACGACCAGAAUGUGAUUUUCGUAGCAGGUUUUGAGAGCAUUUUCCUAAUUUUCCUAAUCUUCAUCAAAUGAUCUUAAGCUGCUACGUGAAUUAUCUUAACCUUCUGUGUAAGAUCUAACACGCUACGAAAAAAAUCACUUCCGGUCGUAGCUGUCUCGAAGCAGCGUGAAAAUAGUGUUGUUUUUUUUUUCAUAUAGGCGUAGACUGUUUGCCGAAUGACCAGUAAAGCAUAGUUGUUGGGCAUCAAAUCACUUAUUAUUUUGGUCCACAAGUGUAGACUUUUAAAAACUAUAUUAUUCAAUAUUUUAUUUGGGUUAACAUAUAUAGUUUUUAUGUUCCACUAUGGAAUUGUCCAAAUUGUUUAUUUUUACUGGACCAUAAAAUGUAGGCCUAUCCAUAGACCCACCAGAUAGAGGAAACACCUAUGGAUCAUAUAAAUACUAUUAUCCCAAAGGUAAACUAAACUAUGCUUGAAGAUGUUCAAUGUAGGCUAUAUGUUUUUAUAGCCGACAAAAAACAUGUAUUAGGUUGUGCUCAUGUUAAGCCUGUUAAUAACAUUGGAUAUGAAUAAUAUAAUUGAUUAAAUGUUCAAACAAA